ACUACAAGUCCCGUGAUGCUCCGGGCGGCGCGGUCACAUGACGGCGGGGCGGGGCAGAGCAUGUGACUGCUGCAGGCUGGCUGUGUGAUGAUGGCUGCGCUCCUGUCAUAGAGUAACCGGCGUCUGCGGCUGCUGUCACCUGGGGGAAGAUGAACGCGGAGCGGGACCUCACCCCGCUCACCCCCAACAUCGUGCGGGCCCUGAAUGACAAGAUGUACGAGAAGCGGAAGGUGGCGGCGCUGGAGAUAGAGAAGCUGGUGAGGGAGUUUGUAGCACAGAAUAACGCUGCUCAGAUCAAGCACGUGAUACAGAUACUAUCUCAGGAGUUUGCUCUGUCCCAGCACCCCCACAGCAGGAAGGGGGGUCUGAUUGGCCUGGCUGCAUGCUCUAUCGCCCUUGGCAAGGACUCUGGCCAGUACCUGAGGGAGCUCAUCGAACCCGUACUCACCUGCUUCAAUGACGCUGACAGCCGGCUGCGGUACUACGCUUGCGAGGCCCUCUACAACAUCGUCAAGGUGGCUCGGGGCUCAGUCCUGCCUCAUUUCAAUGUUCUGUUUGACGGACUCAGCAAGCUCGCGGCUGAUCCCGACCCAAACGUAAAGAGCGGUUCCGAGCUGCUGGACCGUUUGCUGAAGGACAUAGUGACAGAAAGCAACAAGUUUGAUUUGGUCAGUUUUGUCCCUCUUCUCCGCGAGAGAAUCUACUCCAACAACCAGUACGCCCGCCAGUUUAUUAUCUCCUGGAUACUCGUUUUGGAGUCUGUUCCUGACAUCAAUCUUCUGGAUUAUUUACCAGAGAUACUGGAUGGUCUCUUCCAGAUUCUGGGAGAUAAUAGUAAAGAGAUCCGUAAGAUGUGUGAGGUAUCACUGGGGGAAUUCCUGAAAGAGAUCAAGAAAAUGCCGGAUUGUGUGAAGUUUGCUGAGAUGGCCAAUAUCCUGGUGAUACAUUGUCAGUCAUCUGAUGACCUGAUACAGCUGACUGCCAUGUCCUGGAUGAGAGAGUUCCUGCAGCUGGCCGGCAGAGUGAUGCUCCCAUACUCCUCUGGGAUUCUUACCGCCGUUCUGCCCUGUCUGUCCUAUGACGACCGCAAGAAGAGCAUAAAAGAGGUGGCUAACGUGUGUAACCAGAGCCUGAUGAAGCUGGUGACCCCAGAGGAUGACGAGACUGAUGACACGGGUCACUUGCCGACUCUGCCGUCAGAGGAAGACCUGUCCUUACAGCAGGAGAGCACGGAUCACGGAACGGCAGACAUGGCAAAUGACUCCAGCCUGGACAACAUCAACGUGUUUGCACCAAGAAGGUUAGGAGGCUCCCCGGCCGGCGCAGUCACCCUGAAUCUGGAUGGAAUUGUCCAAGUGUUGGAUCUGUACCUCCAUGAGCCCAGCACGGGAAUGAUGACCCGGAUCUGUGUGUUGAAAUGGCUCUAUCACCUGUACAUCAAGACCCCCCGUAAGAUGUUCCGUCACACGGACCUGCUCUUCCCCAUCCUGCUGAAGACCCUGUCUGAUGAGUCUGAUGAGGUCAUCCUAAAGGAUCUGGAAGUUCUAGCGGAAAUUGCCUCAUCUCCAGGUGGACAGACAGAGGCCUCCAGUGACGGCAGUGACAUUACCCCAGGCCAGGCCAAGCUCCAUGUGCCGUCCCCAGCGCGCGGCAGCGGCGAGGGUUGGCGUGGCCUAGAGAGCUCCCCCUCCACCCCCACCAUGAAUUCCUACUUCCACCGCUUUAUGGUGAACCUGCUGAAGAGAUUUAGCAGCGAGAGGAAGCUCCUGGAGACCCGGGGGGCCUUCAUCAUCAGGCAGCUCUGUCUACUCCUGAAUGCUGAGAAUAUUUUCCACUCCAUGGCGGACAUCUUGCUGCGGGAGGAGAAUCUAAAGUUUGCGUCUACCAUGGUCCAGAACCUAAACAGCAUUUUACUGACCUCAUCUGAACUUUUCCAGCUCCGCAGUCAGCUGAAAGACCUGCAGACCCCUGAGAGCUGUAACCUGUUCUGCUGCCUGUAUCGCUCCUGGUGUCACAGUCCUGUAGCCACAGUGUCUCUCUGUUUCCUGUCGCAGAACUACAAGCACGCCUACCACCUCAUCCAGAAGUUCGGUGACCUAGAGGUGACGGUGGAUUUCCUGACGGAAGUGGAUAAGUUGGUGCAGCUGAUUGAGUGUCCCAUUUUCACAUAUCUGCGCCUGCAGCUCCUGGACGUGGAGAAACACCCCUACCUGAUCAGAGCCCUGUACGGACUACUCAUGCUGCUGCCACAGAGCAGUGCCUUCCAGCUGUUGUCACACCGGCUGCAAUGUGUGCCGAACCCCCAGCUCAUGAGAGCAGGGCACACAGAACCAGCAGCCGAGGGCUCCGCUAAGGAAGACUCGGUGAGGAUAGACUACACAGAGCUACUGCAGCACUUUGAGAAGGUCCAGAACAAACAUUUGGAAAUCAGACACCAGAGAGCAGGAGAUAUAUUGGAGAGACGUCUGGGACAAUGACUGUACCCUUCUUAUCACCUCACUUCCUUCCUGCUUCUGUAGAGGAGUCCUUGUUACCCCAUAGCGACCUCUAGUACCUGGGCUCAUGGGCCUCACAAUCAGUUUUUCCCUGUAAUAUGUCCUCCCAGCCCCAUAGACGGCUCCAGGUGUUCUCCUUUCCCAGCGGAAUCAGCAGGGAAAUCAGUGUUUCCUGUCCUCUGGUUGCAUCUGGCUGGUGGGAAGGGACCAGGGGGUAUGAUGUGGCCUUACAGCGACAGCGCAGGUGGCAUCUCAGUCUCUAAGCAUGUUCUAUGUUAUUGGGCGUUCUGUGAGCCUGGGAAUACGCAGGGGUGCAGGUGGUGACAGAGCAGAGAGAAUUGCCCCAGCUCCCGGCGGUUGCGUUAGUACUGCGGUGCGCGGAGUCGUGUGUAGUUUCCAGUACUAAACACAGUAUAUUCAGGGUCCCCAUAGAGCAUCUCCAGCGAAGGUAUAUGUAUUCCGACUUGUGCCCGUUCUCCUGUCUCCUCUUAGGGGUAAAGCCUAAGACACACCAGACGACGGACAGUGUGUGACCCAGACUCGCACGUUCCCUCUCCGUAUAAUUGCUUAUUUUUUUAUAUGAUCUGAUUGAAUAAAAAGUGAGCUGGAUCUUA